AUGUAAAAAUCAUAUGAGUAAAGAAUUUCAGAUUUAAUCUGUUAAUAAUAAUAAGAACUAUAAUAGUAAUCGGCUGAAUUUGAUGAGUUUAAAUAAAAGAUUUAAGCUGAUUUCACUUAUAAAACCUAAAUUAUGACUCAAUAAUUUUCUUUUUAAUUAGAUUAACAAAGACAGGAAUAGAAAUAACUAUAGUAAAUAAUUGAUUAAUCGAAAUUGAGUGGGGAUGAAAAAUCUAAAUUAUUAGAAAUUGCAUCUGAGGAAAUUUUGAUUUAAAAGUAAAAAUAUGAUCAUGAUAUUUAUGAAGAAAGAAAUACUUAAAAGUAACUUAAAUAUGAAUUUGAAAACAAUAUUUUACAAUUAAAAUCUGAAAAUUAAAGAUAAUUGGAUUAUUUUAAGAGAGAUAUCGAAAAUUUAUAGGCUUAGAUUAAAGAUUUAUAAUUUCGAGAUUAAUUAUCUAAAUAAAGAAUAAAUGAUUUGUUUAAUGAAUAGAGAAAAGAUAAAAGUUAAAUCAACUAGUUAGAAAUUUAGUUGUCAAAAAAAUAAGCAGAAAUGAAAAAGCAAAAUGAAGUAAUAAAGAAUUUAAACAUACAUAUUUCAUCUUUAAUGAUGGAGGUAGAAAAUGCAAAAUAGACAUAUAAUAUAUUUGCUUCUCCAUCUUUAAAAUCAUCUCAUCAUUAUUUAAAAAAAGUUGAUUUAGACAUUUUAUAAGAUUCUCCAAGAAGUUCUUCAAGAAAUUUAAAAGAUUAAUCUGAAAUCUAAUCUAUUGAUAUGAAAGCCAGUACAAAUAGGAAUAAAUCUCAAUAAGCUUAAAGGUUUCAUCAGUUAAAAUAGCUGCCUCCAUUUUGA